GCCAUCAUGAACAUCCGCAAUGCUCGGCCGGAUGACCUGAUGAACAUGCAACACUGCAACCUCCUGUGCCUCCCCGAGAACUAUCAGAUGAAGUACUACUUCUACCACGGCCUCUCCUGGCCGCAGCUCUCCUACAUCGCCGAAGACGAGCACGGCAAGAUCGUGGGCUACGUCCUGGCCAAAAUGGAGGAGGACCCCGAUGAUGUCCCCCACGGACACAUCACCUCGCUGGCAGUGAAGCGCUCGCACCGGCGCCUCGGCCUGGCCCAGAAGCUUAUGGACCAGGCCUCCCGGGCCAUGAUCGAGAACUUUAGCGCCAAGUACGUGUCCCUGCACGUCAGGAAGAGCAACCGGGCGGCCUUGCACCUCUAUUCCAACACCCUCAACUUUCAGGUUAGUGAGGUGGAACCCAAGUACUAUGCAGAUGGGGAAGAUGCUUAUGCCAUGAAGCGGGAUCUCUCGCCGAUGGCUGAUGAGCUGAGACGAGAGCUGAAGGAGAAGGGCGGGUUUGUGGUGCUGGGAUCCAGAGAGAACCAAGACACCCUGGGCAGCAUGCUUCCUGGUUCCAAAGAGGCCUGUCAGCAGGAGAAUGCUGCUGCUGCUGCUGCUGCUGAUAGUGGCAGUGACACCAAGGCACCUAGCCGGUCCUCAAGCACUGAUGUCCAGGACACCUCAGAAGACUUGGAUUCCACCUCCUAG